AUGCUAAGACUUUCUAAUAAUGAUGUAAUAUUUUCGAUUGUAUCCAUCUUAAUUUCUUCACGGUUCUGCAUUUUGAAAAUUUCUGAGGAUCUUUUUACGUCACUAUUAGAAAGUCUUAACACCUUACAAAAAUCACAUCAGCUUCAACAAUUAGAUGAGAACGGUAGAGUUGUGUCGAAAGAGAUUUUAGACAAAGCUGUUAAACAAGUGAUUCAGUCUCACAUGAAGACAGUUGCGGAACGAACGAGUGCUUCGCAGAGAACUACAUGCCCUGAUGCUGCAACUGAAUCAAGCACAGUUUUAGCUUUAUUGAAAUAAGCUUGCAUUGUGUAGUUACCUUUGGUAAGACUGUGAAGCUGUCUUCUUAGAUGCAUCUGAUGUGCUUUGGUUUUUGGAGCAAAUCUUCGCAAUCCCACUAUUCAGGUAGCUCGAGGAGGAGUUCCACAUCAUAUGAUAGUUCCCCGGAGGAGGAAUACCCAGUUACAAGGAGGAGUCGAUAUUCCAAGACUGAUCCACCACAGCGAUCCAAUUGGGAAGAAAAGCAAAAGUUAAGGACAAGCCAAGCCACCAACGAGGACGUUUCCGAACACUUGCAGAAACAUUAUUUACUCACAUUUGUGGUUCGAAGAAAUCUAAGCUGACAUCAGACGGUCAGAAAGAUCAGUAACAGGUAAGGAAAAAGUUAACAGCAUUGGUGGCAAAAUUUUCCAAGGAGAGGAGGAGUACCCAAUAAGAGUGGCAAGGCAUGUCUUCAACUGGGGUUUAAGAAUAAGCAUAUCCAGUUAA